AUGGUAUAUGCUGUCAUAUUAAAAGAUCAAGUUGAUGAUAAUAUUCUUAAAAGAAGAAAACACUCAAAUCAUAAACAUGUGAUAUAUAAUACAAGUACUUGUUAUCAAAAUGAUACAUGGACAUAUAUACCUCCAAAUGAUGAUAUAGAGAAAAGGAAUAUAAUAAAAAUUGAGAAAAGAGAAAAAUCAGAGAAAAAGAAAAAGGAAAGAAAAAAAGAAACCUCAAACAUUGUUGGAACGAACAAUAAAUAUUCCAUAUUAAAUUAUUUUGAUUUAAAAAAGAAAGAUAAAAAAAUAGAAAAUAAGAAAGAGGAUCUUAUCAAUAAUAAUUUACCAAACAAAGAAACAAAUAUAUUUAAAGAUAGCUUUUAUAAUAUUCAAAAUGAUGUUAGUAACUCUAAGGAUUCAAUAGAAGAAUAUAAUAAAGUAGUAUUAAAAUAUAUUAAAAUUAUAACAAAAGGAAUUACAAAUGAAAAUAUUAUCAAAGAAAAAAUAUUGAAAUUAUUAAUUCUAUUAAAACAUGAAGAUAUCUAUUUGAAGAAAUUUUCUAAAAAAAUAUUUUAUCUUGAAAUGAAGAGGAAAUAUGGUAAGGAUUAUGUGUUAAUGAAAAAAAAAGGAGAUAGAAAAAAUAGAGCAAAUAAUAAUAUAAAUAUCAAGGAGAAAAUAUAUAUAAAUAAUAUAUAUAAUAAUAUAUAUAAUAAUAUAUAUAAUAAUAAUAAUAAUAAUAAUAAUGAUAAUUAUAAUGUUAAGAUUACCAAAUAUUAUAUUAACAACCAUAAUAAUAAUAAUAUAUAUGAAUAUAAAGUAACAUAUUGUAAACAAAAUAAUUUACUUUUUUUUCAAUAUUAUGAUGGUAAACAAAAAUCAUUUAAAAUAAAUCAAAAUGCUUUCUAUUAUUUUUUAUCAAAUGAUAAUAAAUUAUUUUAUGAUAUAUCACUUUAUCAGUGCUUGAAAGAUAAACAUGAUAUAGAAGAAGAAGAACAGUAUAUUCAAAAAGACAUGAUAUAUGGAAAUAAUAAAAUAUCUACACAUAUUAUGAAUGAGAGUAUGGGCAAUCCUAUAUUUACUCAAAUAAAUAAUAAUAAUAAUAAUAAUAAUAAUAAUGAUAUAAAAAAUAAAUAUAUAUAUACCUUAGAAAAUGAUAUUCAUCAAGAUUAUAUUAAAGUUAAUGUUAUUGAUAUACAAAACAAAACAGACAAUAUACAUUUCAGUUUACCUUAUAAACCUAUUAGAAUGUUUUAUUUAAAUAAUUUUCUCUUUUUUGUAAAUAUCAUAAACAAAUCUAAAAAUUUAAAAUAUUUCAAUUAUUCUAUUUAUAAUAAUAAUUAUAAGGAUCAAAUUCGAAUAGUUUAUGUCUCAGCCAUUCAUCCCUUGUUUCAUAAUAUUAUUGUAGAUAAAAAUAAUCUUUCUUUAUUUAAAAAAUGUAAAUAUUUUUAUGAAGAAGAAAAAUUAUUUAUAUGGACAGAUAGGUCUUUGUCAAAAGAAGAGACAAAAAAUAUAAAUAUAAAUAAAAAUAAAAUAAAAAUAAAGAACCCUAUGAAUCAGAUACCAAAUAUGAAUAUUAUACAUAUUAAUACAAAUACAAAUAUUUGUAUAGCAUAUGAAAAUACAACAGAAACAUAUUUAUUCUUUCAUAUUUCUUUGGAUAUUAUAAAAUAUAAUAAUCAAUAUUUAGAAAAAUAUUUCAAGAAAGAAGAAAAUAUGAACCAUUUUAUUACCUUUCAUCAUUUCUUAAGUAUAGAGUCAAAUAAUUUUAUCUAUAGAGAAAAAAAAAAAAAUCAUAAAAAUCAAAAAUACAAACAUAUCGUCUUAAAUAAAAUUAAUUUUAAUACGGAGACAUGUCCACCUCAAAUUAUUCUUACCAGUGGGGGUAAUAAAAGUAUACAAAAUAAAAUAAAAUUAUGUGUAUAUGAUAAUAAUAAUAAUUUAUUAUUUCUUAUACCUAUAUAUCAUAAAUAUGUAAAGAAUAAAAUAAAAAUUAUAAAAAAUGUCCUAAAUUUUUCAACCAUUUCUAUGUCUAAUAAUAUCAAUGAUUUUUAUUAUUUUCCAUAUAACUUAUCUGUACCUAUAAAUAAUAAAAUCAAUACAACUCACCUAAAACUCAAAAUUAAAAAACUAAACCCUGAACAAACAGUUGUUAAUGUCUCUACAUCAGAUGAGAGACACAUAUAUUUUUCAAACAUUUUAAAAAAAAAAAUGGAAAUAUUAAAAAAUAAGGAACAUAUGUAUAAUCUAGAAGAUGUGUCUUCAUCAAAUGAUGAAAAAAAAAAAAAAAAAAAAAAAAAAAAAAAUCCAUGUGAUCCACAUUAUAAUUAUAUUUUUUCAUCUGAUAAAGAUGAUAAAGAGAAUAAUAAUAAUAAUAAUAAUAAUAAUAAUAAAUAUGAUACUAUUAUAAAUAUUAAUCAAAUGAAUAAUUUUAUAAUAAUUCUAAAUAAAAAUGGUAUGUUAUAUCUAUUAUGUGAUGAUAUUUAUAUAUCAAGUAUUUAUUUAUAUAAAAACACAUCACAAAUAUAUAAUAUGUAUGAUUCCAGUUUAUCAAACCUAACAAUAGAUACAAUAAAUUAUAAGAAUAAUUCUUUAUCGUUUGAAUCAUAUAGAGUUCAUAUAAAUAUCUUACCAAGAAAUAUAUCUUUAAAAAUUAUGUUAAUAUUUUUUUACUAUUAUAUAUGUAAAAAAAUAUGUAUGCAAUUCUUUACAUUAUGUAUAUAUGAAUGUAGAAAUGAUAGAAUGAAGAAUGAUACUAAUAUAAGUGGUAGAGCUAAUAUAUUUCACUUUAUAAAUAUAGAUAUAUAUUCAUUAUAUAAUAAAACCCAAAACUUAAUAAAACCUAAAUGUGAAUAUACGAAGGAUACAAAUAGUCAAAUAUUUAUUCAUAAUAAUAAUAAUAGUAAUAGUAAAUGUAGUAAUAUAAAGAAUAUAGAUAAACAAUACCAUUCGAAGGAACAUAUUUAUAAUAAUAAUAAUAAUAAAAAAAAAUACAUUUAUGAUAAAGAUACUAAUGACACAAAAAAUAAAUUCAAUCAAUCUACUUUUUUGUCACAAGAAGAAAAGAAUUAUAAUAAUAAGGAAGAGGAUACAUUAUUUUUUAUGAAUCAUAUAAAUUACAAUGAAAUGAUCGAUAUGAAUUUCUUAGAUAUUGAAAAUAUCGAACAUAUAGAAUUUUGUAGAUUUAUAUAUCUGUUCCUUUUAAUUUGUGUUGAUAAUUUAAGAAUGUAUAAAAAAAUAGAAAAAUAUUUAUACAUUAAAAAGAAAAAUGUAAAUACUCAUCAUUAUAUAGAAUAUCAACAAUCUAAAUAUAAUUGUUUUGAUUUUGAUAACGAUCAUAAUAUUUUAUCAGAUGAAUAUUCUUUGUCAUCAUCAGUUUUUAAUACUAGUACAACAUGUACUACUGAAAGGUUAAUAAGUAAAAAAAAAAAAAAAAAAAAAAAAAAAAAAAAUUACAAAGAUGAAAAAUAUGAAAAAUAUAAAAAAUAUCAAAACAAUUACACAGAUGACAAAACAAAGGAAAAACAAAACAAAUCAAAUCACCAUAUUCAUAAUAAUUAUUAUAAUAUAAUAAAAAAGUUUAUAAAAUAUUUACAUAUAAAAUAUACACAUAUUUAUCAAAAUAAAUAUUUAAUACUUUAUUAUCUACAUACUUUUUAUGACGAAAUUUCUAUAUAUGAAUAUAUUGAUCAAAAAAUUAAAGAUGAUAUAGCAUUAAUAAUUAUUAUAUUGUCUUAUACUAUCCAUUUAUAUAAUUUCAUAUUUUAUUAUAUGAAUAAAUUAAGUGCAUACAAAAAAACACGUAUGACAUAUUUUUAUAGACAUGUAUGUAAAGAAUAUUUCAAAAUUGAAAUAAAUAAGAAAUACAAUUCUCAUAUAUCUCUUAUAAAAAAUAAUUAUAUAUUAAAUCAUAAAGAAAUACAAAAUAUAAAAUUGGAAUCACAAAAUGUUAGAAGCAAAUUUAUUUGUAAUAAUGAUGUGUCUUAUUCACAACAUGAUCAAUCUUUUUCAAACUGUAAUAAUAUAUCAAUAAAAAAAAAAGAUAAUAUAAAAAAGAAGAAACAUAUACAUCUUUCAAAAAAUGUAAUACAGAAUGAAGAUAAUAUGAAAUCAAAAAGAAAUAAGGAAUAUACAUUUAAAAAAUAUUUAUUUAUAAAUAAUUAUCUUAAAGAGAAAUUUAGCAAGUUAGAUAAUGUUACAAAUAUAUUAGAUAUCAUAUAUAAUAUUUUAUAUACUAAACAAAAAAAUUGUGAACACAUAAAUUAUAAUAUAGAUCAUUAUAUAAAUGAUUUAUAUAUUUUACAACACAAUGAACUAUUAUCAAACAAAUUAAAAUUAAAAUUAAAAUAUGAAUAUUAUAUAAAAGAAGUGCAAUAUAUUUUUAAUAUACUUAAGAAAUAUCAUAAAAUAAAUAAUCAAAAAGAGAAAUAUUAUGAUCCAUAUUAUACAUAUGAUAAAAAUAAGAAUAUAUCUCUUAAUAAAAAAAAUAUCAACUUAUUACAUAUUCAUAAUAUAAACACUUGUUAUGAAAAAUUCUAUUCAUUUAAAAAUACUAUUCUUUAUAAUGAACAACUAAAAUUUUUAUUUUAUUUCCAUUCCUUAUAUUUUCCUUUAAAAAAUUUAUUAUUUAUAUCUUUUAUUAAUUUAUUUUUUCAUAAAAAUAUAGAAACAAAUAUAUUGAAGGAUCACUUCUAUCGUAAUGUUUUUAAAAAUGAAAUGGACGUUAUAUAUGUCUCUAUAUCAAAAUUAAAUUUUAUGAAAAAAACAAAACAAGAGAUUAUUAAUAUUAAAGGAAAAAAUGAGAUUAUAUCAUUACAAAGAUAUAAUAUGUAUGAAAGGGGUGUAAUACAUAAUAAUAAAAAGAUAUACAAUAAAUACAAAAAUAAUGUUAUUAUAAAUAAUAAUGAUGAUGAUGGUGAGGGUGGUGGUGAUAAAAAUAUAUUCUUAACAUACUUACAUUUAUAUAAAAAAAAUAAUAUAUCAUUAUAUAAACACAAUUUAAAAAUUUUUGAUAAUUUUAACUUGACCCAUAUAAAUUUUAUAAACAUAUUAUUUAAUUUUAUAUUUUAUGAAAAUAUAUAUCUAAUUAAUAUAUACCUAUAUUACAUAUACUUAAUAUAUAAUGCACAAAUGCAAAAAAAAAAAUUAAUUUGUAAUAAUAAAUAUUGUAAAGAUAAUACAACAAAUUAUAAAGAAGAACAACAUAAUAAUAAGUGUCAUGUGGUAACAGAUGAAAAUGAUAUAAUAAUAAAUAAUAAUAUAUUAUAUAAAAGUAUAAAUAAAGAAACACUUUCACGUCAAAAUAAUAUGACACAUAUAUAUGUAGAUACUACUAAAAAAGUGUAUGCAAAAAAAAAUGGUUUUUUUUUAAUUUGUGAUGAUGAUAAUAAGAAUAGAAAAUAUUAUUCAUUAGAUAAAGAACAAAUGAUACAUAUAAAUAUGAUGAAUUUAUUUGAUUCGUUUAAUAACUUUAAUUUUAAAAAUAUAUUUUUUUAUAUUAACAUAAAUCGUGAAGAUCUUUAUCUCAAUAAAUGUCUCAUGUCUUCAAAUGAGAAAUUAAAAAUAAAUUUGUAUAGAAUCAUAGAUAUUUUGAAUGAAUCACAUUAUAAUAAUAUAUUUAAUGGUAUUCAUGAAAAUUAUUGUAUGAAAAAAAAAAGAAACAAAUACAAAAAAAAAAAAAAAAAUUAUGAUCAUAUGAAUAAUUUAAAUGAUACAGAGAAUAUAAAUAUAAACAACAACAAUAAUGAUAAUAAUAGUAAUAUUAAUGGUCAUAAUAAUAAUAAUAUUAAUAGUAGUAGUAUCAGAAGCAGUAGAAAUAAUUAUAUUGAAAAUAAUAUGAAUAAUAGUAAUCACAAUAAUAAUAACAAUAAUAAUCAUAAUAAUAAUUAUCAUUAUGGUAAUAUAAAUUCUACUUGUAAAAAGAAAGUCGAAAUAGUUCAAAAGAGUUAUUUAAGUGAUUAUAAAAUAUUAAAAGAUUGUUGUUUCUUUUUUGAUACAUUUAAAAUGGACAGAAAUAUUUCUACUUGUUAUUUUCCAAGGAAUAAAGAUCCUGUAUUAGUUUAUUUAAAUAAUUUUCAUAAUUAUUAUUUUUCAAAGUAUUAUAAAAAAAGAAAGAUGCAUUUAUUAAAAGAUAAAGAUGAAUUGACAAAUGAAAAGAAUGAUUUAAUAGAUCUUAUUGAUAUGUAUAAUACUUCAGAUAGUUUAGAAAGUGCAUAUAUACAUAAACAUAAAUAUAAUAAAAAGAAUGUGAAUAAAUAUUUAAAAAAAAUAAUAAAAAUGUUGGAAUUAGAAAAAUUAGAAGAAAAACAAAUUUUAUUAGAUAUAAAAAGAAAUGAUAAUUUAGAUAAUAAAGUUUUAGAUCUUAUACAUUUAUAUUAUAUAUUUGAAAAAAUAUAUAAAAUGAAAUAUUUAUCAAUGUUUCAUAUUAAUCAUAUAAAUAUUUUCCAUAUACUUAAUUCUAUACAUUAUGUUCCAAAUAUUAAUUUUAAUAUUAAUUAUUAUUUAUAUGUAUAUUUAUAUCAAUAUAAAAAUAAUAAUACAAGGUUUAAUCAUAAUCUUUCAUUUCAUAAUCAUGAUACUAAUUCUUUAAAUAGAUUCUCACAUACUAAUAAUACUGAUAUUUUAGAUACAUCUAAUCAUAUAUCUGUUAAUGGUUAUAUGAAUCAAUUUAAUCAUCAAUCUAGAAAUCGUGCAAGUCAUACAAAUAGAAAUGAUACUAAUACAAGCAUUAACAAUCCAUACCCACAUGAUAACUAUAAUAUUCGUAAUAAUAAUAAUAAUAAUAAUAAUAAUAAUUAUUUUUUUAAUGAGCCUUCUGAGGUUACUAUGUUUAAUAGGAGACUGCGUGAGUUUAAUAAUUACUGGGACCCUCCCACCAGCGACAAUCAAAAUAAUCAAAAUAAUCAAAAUAACAAUGAUAAUUAUAAUAAUCAUAAUAAUCAUAAUAAUCAGAAUAAUCAGAAUAAUCAGAAUAAUCAGAAUAAUCAUAAUAAUCAGAAUAAUCAUAAUAAUCAGAAUAAUCAGAAUAACUCUAGGAUAGGAAGACAUGCUAGCAUGAGACAUCUACCAUCUAAUAAUUCAAGAAAUAGAAGGAUGACGAACAAUCAAAAUGUUACAAUUAAUAGAAAUACAUAUGUCUCAAGUGUAUCACCUAGUAUCAACAAUAAUAAUAAUAAUAUAUCUGUCAGUGGAAGGAAUUAUUUAGACAUGUAUAGGAAUUAUUCUAUAAAUAAUAAUGACAAUAUAAAUGAUCAUCUGGAAGAUAGGAGUCCACGUAUUAAUCGUCUAGAAAAUAAUUCACACUAUGAUAUAUCUCAAAAUGGUUAUAUGAUGGGAAAUCCCAACAAUAGUAAUAUAUAUAAUAACAAUAUUUAUGAUAAUAAUAAUAAUAAUAAUUAUUAUCAUUAUCGAAGGAGUAGUCAUAAUAACAAUUCUGGAAGUUUUUUUGAAGAAACACAAAACUUCAACAUGUUUAAUAGACAUCAUAGGAAUCAUAGUCAUCCUUUACAGUAUGAAGAGAAAUUGAAGAAAUUGAAAUAUAAUAUAAAAAAAAGAAAUAAAAGAAAUAUUAAAAAAAUUGAACUUAAAGUAAAUGAUCUGUUGAACUCAUUAAAUGUUCACAUAAAAACUGAUAAAAUGGAAGUUAUUUUUUUAUUAAAUAAAUAUUUUAAAAAAUUAAAUAAAUAUAAAAAAUUAGUAAGACAUUUUAAUACUACUGGUAUUAAAGAAUUUAGAAGAAAAAUUGGUGUACCCUCGCAUUCUCAAAGUACGGAUUUUUUUGAUAAUGUUUAUUUAAAUAAUAAUCAUAUGAAUAAUGGUUCUCAGAAUAAUUUUCUUUUUUCACGUGAUUCUUUUAGGCAGAGUAGUGUAAUACAGGAUAUAAAUGAAGAAAUGUAUGUGAACGAUCAAUAUGUAAGUUCAGAGAGUUCCUCAACAAUUCAAGAGAGUGAUUAUAACAACAAUAAUAAUUACAACAAUAAUAAUUACAACAAUAAUAAUAAUAAUAAUAAUGUUAGUCGUGAGAGUGAAUACUUGUCGAAUAAUAUUUGUCAAGAUAACUGCUCGCCAAUAGAAAAAGAGGACACAAAUAUUAAUUACAAUUAUAAUAAUAAUAAUGAUGAUGAUGAUUAUUAUUAUUAUAACAAUGGUGUAUAUAAAUCUAACUCUUGUUACAUAAAAAAUUCGAAUAAUGUUCAUAUGAAUGACUCUUCUAAUGAUGAAUUUUAUUCAAACAACUUUUUAUAUACACCUAAUAAAAGUAUAGAAAACGAAUCGUAUAAUAAGUAUAAGACAAAUGAUAUAUCCUUUGAUAAUAUUAAUGGGUCGUCUAGUUUUAAUCUUUCUAUAAAUGAUAGAAGAGAUAGUCAAAUAUCUUUCUUUAAUUAUGAUACUAGUAGAAAUAAUAAUAGUUAUGGUUUAACAUAUAAUCAUAGAUCUAACAACCAUCAAAUGAAUAUUGGAAGAAGAGAUAGUAGUAUGUCAUUUUAUAUGAAUAAUUUUAGAGACUCAUAUAAUAAUAUAAAUGAAAAUAAUAUAAGACCAUAUAAUUAUAAUCAUAUAUCUAAUAAUAAUGGUGCUUUAACAAAUUCGUAUGUAUAUAAUAGGUUAUCUAUAAAUUCUUUAAGUGUUACAAAUAGUGUAAUAGACAUAAAUAAUAAUGAUAAUAAUGAUAAUCAUCAUAAUAAUAAUAAUCAUCAUAAUAAUAAUAAUCAUCAUCAUAAUAACAAUGUUUAUGAUAUAUCUUAUAGUAAUAAUAAUACACCUAUUGAACAAUUUGUUCAUAUAAACGGAACAACAAAUUAUUUACAUAAAAAAUGUAGUAAUAAAAAAAUUGAUUAUUUUGAUUUUACAUUUGACAAAUUAAAAAGUAUAAAAUUUAAUAAUUUUGUAAAUUCAAAAAUUAAAAAUUCUUUUAAAUUACAAUGUUCAUUAUGUCAAACCAUAUUAUAUAAAAGAAUUGAUCUAUCUACAUAUGCAGAUACAAAUAUUGAAGAAUAUAAUAAUAAUAAUAAUAAUAACACCAAUUUUAUAACAUUAAUAAAUAUUAUUAAUAAUGAAAAUUAUUUAUACAAAUUUUUAAAUAAAAAUUAUAAAUAUUGUGGUACAUAUUAUCUUGCAGGUUUUAUUUAUGGAUUAGGUUUAUUACAACUUUUUAAAAAUAUAAAAAUAUAUUUAUUUAUACAAUAUAUAUUAAAAUUUAAAAAUAGAUGCUUAUAUAUAUGUUCCUUAUUAGGCUUAUCCUUAUCACUAAUUACUUCUCAAAAUAAAGAAUUAACUACCAUAUGUCUAAAAUCUAUAUUUAAAGAAAUAUUUCAUCAUCAAAAAAUUAAUUAUGAACAUCUUAUAUUCUAUUGUUUGAAUGACAAUAAUGAUAACCACCAGUCACACAUGUCAAGAGAUCAUAAAAUUAUAUAUGAAACGAGGACCAACAAAAAUAAUUAUAUAUCACCCCCUCACUUAAGUAGUAAUAAUAUUGACUGUAAUGCAACAUAUAAUAAUUUUAAAAAGCAUAUCAAAAGUGAUAAUUCAUCAAUUGAACAUUUAUAUAGCCAUCAUCAUACUAAUAACAAGAAUUCUAAUAUAAAUGCCCAUCUUAAUAAUAAAAAUUACAAUUACAAUUACAAUUAUAAUAAUGAUGACGAUUCAGAUAACAACUCUUGUAAACGAAAAAGGAGCCAUAAAAAUUAUCUCAAUAUGAUUUUUUCAAAAGAAAAUGAAUACACACAGGAUGAUAGUAGUUCAAGUAUUUUUAUUACUAGUGAUACAACAAGCUCCAAAAAUAUUUUAGAUAGAAAUGUAGGAAGCUCAAUCAUAAACAACAGUAAUAUUAUUCCAAGUAAUGACGAUAUGUUAAUACAUCAAUUAAAUACAAGCAUAAGUAGAAAUGAUCAUAUUAUAAAUGAUGGUAGAAAUAUUCAUCAGAUAACAAAUAAUAGACAUAAUAAUACAGAUACAAAUGGUUUAAUAAUAAAUAAUAAUUCAGAUGAGAAAAAAGAACAUUUUCAAGAUGACAAUGAUAUAAUGUUCCUACGAAAUAAUAAAAAUGAUUCUGUUAAUAAUGAUGAUAAAAAAAAUGAAUCUAUUAAUAUUCUAGAUACAUAUGAUAAUAUUGAUGAUAUAUAUGCAGAUCUAUUAAAUAUUUCUAUUAAUAAUUCUUUAUCUUCAGAUAUUUCAAAUUUAGAUGAUACCCACAAUAAUAAUCAUAAUAAUAAUAAUAAUUCAUGUAAUAAAAAUGUAAAAACAAAAAAAUUCGAAAGAGAAAAUAAACGUAGAUGGAGAAAAAUGAAAAAAAAUCAUAUAAAAAAAAAGAUUUAUCUAGAUAAUUUAGUAUUAAGUAGUAAUUUUAUAUGCUUAGGAUAUUUACAUAUGAAUAGUCAUAAUAUAUGCUUAACAAAAUAUAUAUUAAAAUGUUUAGAAAAAAAAAAUUUAACCAAAUUAAAUUUAUUAUCUAUGUUUUGGUCAGUUGGAUCUAUUAAUUUUCAAAAUGGUAAUAUAUUUAAUAAUAUUAUUAAAACAUUAUUUUUUUUUAUUAAUCUUAAUAUACCAUAUAAAGUUCAUAAAAAUAAUGUUAUCAAAAAUUUCUCAUUAAAAAAUUUAAAUCAAAAUGAUAUAUCAUAUGAUAUUAUCUAUAUGAUGAUAUCUUCAGCACUCUCAAUUUCCUUAACAUUUUUUAAAACUAAUAAUAUUCAUGCAUGCAAUAUGAUUUUUAUACCUACACAAAUAGAUCAUACUUAUUAUUUUAAUUAUUAUGAAUUAAUGGUAAAGGUAUUUACAAGAAAUAUGAUCAUGUUUGAUUUUAUAGAACUCUCACAUGAAUAUAUACUUUCAAAUUUGCCUACAUUUUUAAGAAUACUUCCUUCAGAUUUAAAAAAAAAAAAAAUUAAAAUAAAAGAUAAUCAUCAUAAUAAUCACAAUAAUAAUAAUCAUAAUAAUAAUAAUAAUAAUAAUAAUAAUAAAUUAAAAAAAUACAACCAUAAAACAAUUUAUCAUCACAAAACAAAUUAUCCGCAUAAUACAUGUAAUAAUUCUGCAAAAAAUUGUAAGGAUCAUUUGACGGAAGAAUCUUAUGAAAAAUUAUAUGUAGCAAAUAAUAAAUUACCAUAUAUACAUCUUAUAAAUAAUGAUGGUAAUUUUAAAGAAAAAAAUGUUCAAAAUAAAUAUGUAUUUAAAAAUGGUCAUAUUAAUUUAUCACAUCCAUUUAUAUAUAACGAGAUGAAUAAAACAUAUACAAACGGCUGUUAUUUUGUUCUAAGAGAAAAUAAUUACAUUACAUGUUAUAAUAAAAAAAUGAAUCAACCAGUAGAUAAUUUUACUUAUUUCUUUCAUGGUCUUAAUCAUAAACAACAUGAUGAAUCUAAUCAUAAAGAAUAUGAAGAAUAUAAUACAUGUCAAAGUGACACAGAAAAAAAUAAAAACAAUAAAAAUAAAUAUGUAGAAGAAGAUCAAUAUGAAAAUCAACAUAUAAAUCUUAAUAAUAAUAAUAAUAAUAAAUACAUACAUAUGUCUUGUCAUACAAAAGAUAUAUAUAUAAAUAAAAAUUCUUCAAAUGUAAAACAUAUAAACCCUUCUUCCCUUACAGAUUCAAAUGUUGAUCAUAUAAAUUAUCAAUAUAAACAAAAUAUGAAAAAAGAAAAAAAAUAUUUUAAUCCUUAUUGGAAUAAUAAAAAUGAAGAACAUAAACAAUUCUUUAAAAAUCCAACCUUAAUUUAUAAUUGUGAAAUGCUAAGAUAUUAUAUCAUCAUAGGAGUACUACAAGCUAUGAGCUUAAAAUUUUUAUCAACACAUAAUGAAAAAUUCAAAGAAAUAUGUUUCGAUUAUAUUUCUUAUUUUCAAAAUAUUAAUAAUAAUAUAAAUUGUACCAAAAAAUUACAAAAAUUAUAUAAAAAAAUUAAUUAUCUUGUAUAUAAAAUCAAAGAUAAUGUCAAAAGAGAAAAUAUCAUACGUCUAAUUCCAAAUCAUCAAAAUUUAUUUAUACCACAUAAUUAUAACUUAUUAAAUAAAAACAUGAACGAUUCAGGUAAAAAUAAUACACCACUACAAAAUAAAAUAGACAAUUUUGAUAAUAAUGAUAACCUUUUAAAUUAUGAACAUUAUAAAUUUUCUCAAUCAAAAAUGCAACAAUCAAAUACUCCUACUCAAAGGGGUAUGAAAAAGGAAUGGAAUGAUACAAGUUUGAUGGCACAAUCGAAUGAUAUUUAUAUAAAUGAAGAGGUAGAGAUAGAGGAAGAGGAGGAAAAAAAAACAUCAAAAUCUAAAUAUAAAUAUAAAUAUAAAUCUAUAUCUAAAGCAAAAUCACAAUUUAAAGCAGAUGAACAAAAUAGUAAUUAUCAUUAUAAUAAAAAUCUUUCCAUGCAUUAUAACAAUGAUAUUAUAUAUGAAGAGACCUAUAAAUUAAUUUUGAAAUAUGUUGAAAAAAUUAAAAAAGUUCGUAAAUAUUUAGAAAUGAAUAAUUACAAAAAUCAAAAUAAAAAAUUUAUAAAUUCUAUUAUAAUAAAUAAUCUUAAAGGGAAUGAUGAUUUUUCAUGUAUGCAUAAAAUAAAAGAACAAGAUAUUAAUGAUCUUAUUAAUUUAAUUUAUCAAUGUCUAUCCUUUGUUUUUGUUGGUAGUUGUGAUCAUAUAUUAAAUAAAAAAAUAAAAAAGAAAAUAAAUAAUAUAAUUAAUGUAAGAGAUAAAAAUUCAAAUAAUCUUUAUUAUUAUUAUUUAGGAUAUAUUAAUUUAGGACAUGGCAAAUUUGUAUUAAAAAAACAAACAAAUAUAUCUAUAUGUACAUUAUCAUUAAUUUUAUUUAGUUUUUUCCAUAUUUAUGAUUUAUCAUCUCAUUUUUUAAUACAUCUUAUUGAAUAUUUAUAUGUUCUAUUAAUUCAAAAUAGAUUUGUAAAAACAUAUGAUAUUACCAAUCAUCAUUUUAUUAGCUUACCUAUUCAUAUUAUAUAUAAACAGGAACAAUCAUCAUAUAUAUUAAAACCAUAUUUUACUAAGAAAUAUCAAUUAAUAAAAAUCAUAACUAAUCCUCAAAAUAAUCAAACAUUUUAUUUAUACAAAAAUUUUAAUCUUACAUUUCAUAAAAAAAUUAUAAAAAACCCAUGUGCCAUACCUUUAGUUGAUGUAAUCAACAUUUCUAUAUUCAAUGAAGACUACUAUGAAUUAAGCCUAACAAAUAUGAACUCAUCCAAUGAUCUUAUAAAUACAUAUAAUCAUUCAAUGUCUGAUCUAAUUAGUAAUAUUAUUAGUAAGGGAAUUUUAUUUGUAAAAAAAAGAGAAUGUAACAAUCAAUAUUCAUCAUAUUAUAAUAAUUCAAUAUUAUUAGAUAAUACCACGCUUCAUAUGUCUGAUGAAAAAAAUAUAUAUUCAUAUAAUAAAAAUUGUGACCAUAUAAACGAUAAAAUAAAUGAUUCAGAUUCUAUAAAAUGUAUAGAUACUUAUAAAUAUCAAAACAAAGAAGGAAAAAAAAAAAUAAUAAAUGAAAAUUCAUCAAAUGAUAUAAACAAACUUAACAGAUAUAUAACACACACAUGUCAUCAUAUAGACAAUACUAUUAAUAAGAACAUACCUUUUGAUAUAUACCAAAUAAAUAAGAAUCAUAAUAAACAGAUAUUAAGAAAUAAGCUAGUUGAAUUUAAUAAUAUUAAUACAAAUCAAUUAAAUAUAUCCAAAUUUUUAUUGGAAAUUAUAAAAUUUUAUGAUAAAAAUUAUUCUUUAUAUACCGAAGAAGCUCUAUUAUUAUAUCAAAUUAAAAAUACUUACAUGAAUCAUAAUAUCAAUGAAAUUAUCUUCCUAAAAUAUUAUAUAAAACUAGAUGAACAAAAAGAUAAUGUCAUACCAUCUAAAGAUGAUAAUAUUAUAUUUGAACACAAGUUUGCAAAGCUGUUUUUAUAUUUUAAUGAACAAUUUAAUAAAAUAUUUUUUUUAAUUAAAAAUUAUGAUAUCCAAAAUGUGGACCAUAAUCAAUGCGAUAUUGAUACGGAUCAACAAACUGAUGUAUAUAUAGAUGAUUCAAAAAAACAAACGAUAAAAGAAGAAAAUAUAAAAAAAAUAAUAAAAAACAAAAAACUCAUUCAAAAAAUAUUUUUUCAUCUAUUAAAUUAUUAUUAUACUACAAAGGAACAUAUAUCAUAUAAAUAUCAAAAAACAAAUUUACCUUAUCAUAAUGAUCAUAACACAUAUAAUUUAAUUUUGACCCCACCAAUUGAAGAUAGUCAAAAAACAGAAGAUAAUAUUCAAACAAAUAAAAGUAAUAUUAAUAAAGAAGAAAAGGAUUUAAAUGAAAAAUUAAAUGACUAUUCAAAAAUUUUGGAAAUGAAAUAUAAGGAACACCCACACAUCGAAAUAAAAAAUAAACAAUUACAUCAAAACAGUUAUUAUAAUUAUUUUCCUGUUUUAAUUAUUAACAAUAUUUAUAAUAAAAAACAAUUCAAAAAUAAUAUGUAUACUUUAUGUUAUAAAACAGGAGAAAAAAAUGAUAUAAACUUUUUUCAUGAUAUCAAUAGAUUAUUAGUUCAAUUUUCCAUCAAUCGAAUUAAUACCUAUAUUAAUUCUCAGCUAGCCAAAGAAAUGUAUGAUAAGUUUUAUUAUUUUUUAUUAAUACAAAAUUUACAUAUAGACAAAAAUAUACCCUAUUUAUAUAUACUAUCAUAUAUAUAUAAUUCAUUCUAUUCCUUUUAUAAUUUUUUCUAUCAAUAUUGGAACAAAAAUCAUUUAAAUAAUUUUAAUAAAAGGAAAAAUGAACAUGACCUCAAUAUACAUAUAAAUGAACAAAUUAAUAAAAAAGAAAAAAAAAAACCUGAACAGUUCAGAAAAAACAAUACACAAAAAAAAAAAAAAAAAACUAUAUAUGAUUUACAAUUCUUUGAUUAUUUUAUAAAUCAUGAAAAAACAAAUAAAAAUAAUCAUAUAAUAAUAAAUCAUAAUAAUAUAAAGAAAGGAUUAUAUAAUAAUUGUGGAUUAUCAUCUACAAAUAAUAAUAUUGAAAAAAACAAAAGGGAUGAAUUAAUAACUACUAAAUUGUUCAUAUAUGAUGACAAGAAAAACAAAAAUCAAAAUAAACCAAAUGGAAAAGUUAUUUCAUCAAAUAAUAUACAAACGAUUAAUGAUCAAAGAAGAAAUAAUAUAAAUAUGCCAUACAAGUUUACAAAUAAAUAUAAGGUGGAUAAUUCAUUUGAUAAUUUAAAAGAUUUACAAUGUUAUAAUUAUCAAUAUCUAAAGAUAAUGGAAGGCAUAUAUAAAUAUCACUAUUCAUUUCCAAAUAGUAAUAGCUUGAUAAAAUAUUUGCCCUUUUUUAAUAAUGACUACUAUUUUGUAUAUUUUUUUGAAAAAAAUAUUAAAUUAAUUAAAACAAUUUUUAUACAAUAUUAUCAUAAAGGAUACAUAAAAAAACCUAUACUUUUUCAUAAAAAUAUAAUACCUGUAAGGACAGCAAAUUAUUUUAUAUCUUUAUUUACACAAUAUUGUAACUUUCCAAGAUAUGAUGUGUUUUGGAAUUUAUUACUUAUUAAAAAGGAAAUAGAAAAUUUUCUCUUCAUACCACAAUAUAGGAAAUAUUAUGAUUAUAAAUAUAACAAGUACAUACAUUCAUUGUUAACUAUAAACAGUAGUUAUCAUAAUAAUAAUAAUAAUAAUAAAAGUAAUUACUAUUACAUAUUUAAUAACUAUCAGAAGAUUUAUAACAUCAAAAGGUAUUACACAAUGAAGGGCAAACAUAAAUUUACAAGGAAGGAACCAUUAUUUAUAUUUUUCAAAAAAAAUAUAAAUAAAAUAUUUAAUACUACAAAUUUUAUCAAUAAUUUAUAUUAUCGUUAUAGGAUAGAUAUAACACAAAGUAAAUUCUUCAAAUUUAAUAAGAAGAUAUUUAAAAAGGAUUCUCAAAAAUAUAAAUUUUAUUUAUAUAAUGAACAUAAUACUUAUAUGAAAAAAAUAAAAUCACAUUGGAUUUAUAAAAAAAUCAAACAUAAAAAAAUAAAUAAAAAAAAUUCACUUUCUUCAAUUAAACAGAAAAAAAAAUAUAAAUCUGGAUAUACAACACAUGCCAAUUUAAUAUUUAAACAUAUUUUAAAUAUAAUAAAAAUGAAUUUUAAAAAUAAACCUUGUCAACUCAGAAUAUUUUUAUUAAAAAGUUAUAUUGAAAACAAUACAUUCAAUAUAUCUCAAUUCUUUAAAUAUUGGUAUGACAAAAGUCAAAGCCUUUCUUACAAACUUAUUGACACAUCUAAUAUUACAUUAAAUUCAAAAUAUGUUCAUUUGCUUUUUACAGAUAUUUUAUUUUGUUUUUUCAUAGGAAAUUUAUAA